ACAGUGGUCCUAGGGAACCCUUUUGGGACCACACACUGACACACAGACCAAACAAACCCUAACAUGUUUCUGACGACUGUACUGUGAUACCAUUUUCUUUCUAUGGUAACUGAUGGGUAUCACUCCCCUUUGGUUUUCUUGGCCUUAACAAGUUUCUGUAACAGUGCAUUGCAUUUUGAGGGUGUUUGGUCUGUGAUUUUUUGAGAGAAACUGCAAAAUUUGGUUGCAUUUGGCGGUUUAGUUCGUUACUUUUUGUUGGGUAUUUUUGUGUUUUUGAAUUUAUUGGUCAAAAUUCAUAACUUUGGUUAAGUUUUGAGUUUAUUUUGGAUCUAAAUUCUGGGUUUCUGUUGCUUGAUUCUGGGUUCAUGCCUUUUUUUAAAAAUGAAUUAUGGUUGAUUCACAUUUUUUGGGGAAGAGAAUUUGUGGUGAUGGUUGGUCAAGAUGAUCAAAUUGUGGAUUUAUAGCUUUUGGGGCUUCUAAGCUUUUGUUUACUGGUUUUUAAUUCGUGAGAAAUGUGGGUGUUUAUGGCUUAGUGUUGUGUAUAUACCGGUUUUGGAGUGAUUUUGAUUUAUUCUCAUGGUUUAGGGGAAGAAUUUGAGUUUGUCAUUUUCAUCUGAGUAAAGACUUUUGGAUUUUGAGAUUUGUGGGGUUUUUCAUUAGUUUUACUAGGUCAUAUUUCUUUUCUUUUUUUUGAUACUGAGGUCAUAUUUCAUUAUGUUGUGAGAAAUGUGGGUUAUUUGGAGGGAUUGGGAAUGUUUUGAUAUUAAGUUUUGUGUUAUUUUAGAUGUAGAAAGGUCAAGAACUAAAGAGACAUAAAAUGUCGUUUAAGAGUAUCAUUCAGGACAUGAGAGGUGAGUUUGGGAGCAUUUCUAGGAAAGGGUUUGAGGUGAAGUUUGUGUCUGGGAUGAGAUCCAGGUCGCACCGGGUGGUCCAGGAUAGCUCUGCGGUGGCAACAAUUGAUGCUUUGAAGCAGAGCUGUUGGGUUAACUUGCCACCGGAACUUUUGAGGGAUGUGCUAAUAAGGAUAGACACCUCUGAAGAUACUUGGCCUCCCCGGAAAAAUGUGGUUGCUUGUGCUGGUGUUUGCAGGAAUUGGAGAGAAAUCAUGAAAGAAAUUGUGAAAUCCCCUGAGGUUUCUGGCAAGUUAACAUUUCCAAUCUCCUUGAAGCAGCCUGGCCCAAGGGACUCCCUCCUUCAGUGUUUCAUCAAACGGAAUCGUAGCAGCCAAACAUAUUAUCUUUACCUCGGCUUAAAUCAAGCUUCAACUGAUGAUGGAAAGUUCCUUCUUGCUGCACGGAAGUGUCGACGUCCUACUCACACAGAUUACAUCAUCUCUUUAAAUUCUGAUGAUGUGUCAAAAGGGAGUAGCACCUAUGUUGGAAAAUUGAGAUCGAACUUUCUGGGUGCCAAAUUCAAAAUAUUUGAUGCGCAACCACCACAUGCUGGAGUGAAAGUCACCAAAUGUCGUUCUACCAGGCUAAUUAAUAGACAAGUCACCCCCAAAGUCCCUCCUGGCAACUAUUCCAUUGCUCAUAUUUCAUAUGAGUUGAAUGUCUUGGGCUCCAGGGGUCCUAGAAGAAUGCACUGUGUCAUGGAUGCCAUUCCCAACUCUGCUGUUGAGCCAGGAGGUGUGGCUCCCACACCGACUGAAUUCCUCCUUGGCAGUGUGGAUAGUUUUCCAUCCAUCCCUUUCUUCAGAUCAAAAUCAAUCCGGACAGAUAGUUUCCGAUCUGGACAUUCAUCUGUUCCAACUGAAGGAAUGCUGGUCUUAAGGAACAAGGCCCCUAGGUGGCAUGAACAACUCCAGUGCUGGUGUCUGAACUUCAAUGGACGGGUGACUGUUGCUUCAGUUAAGAAUUUUCAGCUGGUUGCUUCUACUGACAAUGGAGUUGCUGGGCCAGAGCAUGAGAAUGUCAUUCUCCAGUUUGGAAAGGUGGGAAAGGAUGUAUUCACAAUGGAUUAUCAGUAUCCAAUCUCAGCUUUCCAAGCAUUUGCCAUAUGUCUUAGCAGCUUUGACACAAAGAUCGCUUGUGAAUAAGUGACAAGCAGGUUGGAAGGCUAGUUGCAGCAUGGGGCAUCAGUCAACAAAAACUCAAGUCUCUAGUAAUCCAGUAGCUUUCUUCAAGCUGCCAUGUAUGCAUUUAGGAUUUUUAUUUCUUUUUCUUUUUUUCUUCUCUGUACAUAAAUUGUUGGUGUUACCAGCUAAACAUGGUUAUGCUGGUUGCCUUCUUGUUAACGUAAGUACAUCUUUUGGGUCGUUUUGGUGCUUGUCUAGUGUAUUUUGAGUGUGAGAUAUUGGACAGAUACCUGAGUUGGGACUAGUUUGUGAGUUUCUUAAUACUGUUCUUGUGUUCUAGAGGCUUUUUUUACCCUAAUAUAAAUAGUGGUUAUAUCCUA